UCCACACGGACAGAUCAUAAUGUCGUAAUAAGUCAGCACAAAACUGUAAAAUUCAUUAUUAUUAUACUCCAGCUACACACACACGCAGGCAUCGUCUCCGCCGCCCGAACAGCAGCUCGGCGCCGGAGAGUGACAGACGGCCCCUCCGACGCCCCUCGCAUCGAUCGCUUCCUCCCGUGUUCAGACCUGCGGAAGAAUCCGUCUGGGACACGUCAGCCCGUGACCCGAACCUGAUCGCCUCCAAACCCAUCCGUCCGUCCAGCCGACCCUCCGUCCAAACAUCCGUCCUCUCCGCUCCAGUCCUGCUCCUCCGGAUCAGCAGACUCUUCUGCACCAUUCGUUCCACGGACUUAAGCAGCUCCAUGGACCAAUCAUCAUGAGACUCUGCAGCACUCCCCUUUCCUUGCUCCUCCCCGUCCUACAGUCCCCGCCGCUCCAUCUGCGCCAUCGCUGCUGCCUGUCAACGCUAUUAGCCAACUGCAGCACGGCAUCAUGCAGACGGCUCAGCACAGAUGUCCACGCCUCUCAGCCUGUGAUUGGUCAGGACUCGGUGGAGGUGUUGGGCCACACCUACCCCCGUGAUGACUACACCAACGUCACGCAAAAGAUCUUGGCCAAGGUCGGCCGCAACCUCCACAACCAAUCGCAUCACCCUCUGUGGCUGAUGAAGGAGCGAAUCAAAGCUCACUUCUACAGCGCCCACAUCAACCGCCGGGGAAACCCGCUCUUCUCUGUCCACGAUAACCUCAGCCCCGUGGUCACUGUGGAGCAAAACUUUGACAGCUUGCUGAUCCCGCCCGGGCACCCCAGCAGGAAACGAGGAGAUAACUACUACCUGAACAGGAAAACGAUGCUUCGCGCCCACACCUCCGCCCACCAGAUCGAGCUGGUGAGGGCCGGCCUGGAUGCCUUCUUAUUGGCUGGAGACGUUUACAGGCGGGACGAGAUCGACGCCAGUCACUACCCCGUCUUCCACCAGAUGGAGGGAGUCCGACUCUUCUCCGACCUGGAGCUUUUCUCUAAGGUGCAGAACGGCGAGGAGCUGUCUCUGUUCGAGAGAGGAGGGCGGCGGACGCCUCAGAAACAGGAAACGCACAGCCUGGAGGCCGUGAAGCUGCUGGAGUUCGACCUGAAACACACUCUGACGAGACUCGUCACGCACCUGUUCGGAGAAGAUCUGGAGGUGCGGUGGGUCGACUGUUACUUCCCCUUCACUCAUCCCUCCUUUGAGAUGGAGGUGCGUUUUCAGGGUGACUGGAUGGAGGUGCUGGGCUGCGGAGUGAUGGAGCAGGAGCUGCUGAACUCCGGGGUUUGCGAAGGGCAGAACAAACAUUUGUUUGUGCAGCGAUCCAUCUCAGCCCGGCCUGCUUCCUCCAUAACAAACAGCCCGGCGGCGGCGGCGGGGGGGGGGGCGAGAGAGAGAUCUGGUCCACCUGACUCAGCGGGAGCCGGAAACAAGGCGGGCUGGGCCUUCGGUCUCGGCCUGGAGAGACUGGCCAUGGUCCUGUACAGCAUCCCAGACAUCCGGCUGUUCUGGAGUCGGGACGAACGCUUCCUCAAACAGUUCAGAGUGCAGGACGUCCAGCAGCCCGUCUGCUUCCAGCCCCUCAGUAAGUACCCCCCCCUCCACAACGACAUCUCCUUCUGGCUGCCGGACAGCAGAGAGAGUGAGGAGGGGCGAGAGAGCUUCAUGGCGAAUGACUUCUACGAGCUGGUGCGCUCCAUCGGAGGGGACCUGGUGGAGAAGGUCUCCCUGGUGGACGAGUUCACGCACCCAAAGACCAGUAGGCGGAGUCAGUGUUACCGCAUCAUCUAUCGCCACAUGGAGCGAACUCUGACCCAGCAGGAAGUUCGACAAGUCCACGAGCAAAUCGAACGCGCUGCCGAGACCGAGCUGGGCGUGCAGGGCAGAUACUGACACACUCCCAGCCGGUCGGGGCUGUUCAGCAGCUUCGUCACGUCCUAGCUGUGAUAUUUCCCUGCAGGGUGAAACGUGUUGACUUUAAUAACGACGUCACACGCAGCCUUUAAAGCCAACACACAGCAGAGCGUCACCAACUCUCCUGUGUUUUCUCCUCUUCAGGCUGAAAAGUCUAAAUUUGAUGUGUGUCAUCUUUAAUUUCUAAAAACAUCCUCUGUGUGUUGAGUCGGCGGCCACGCACCGGCAGCGUUUCAUGACGCUUCAAACCGACUCUAAGAAAGAUUUAGAUGUUUCUGACAGCAGCUGGAUCUCGACAGCUGUUCUGUUACUGAUCGCUGGCCAGACAGAAGGAUUUGUACGACAGUUAUCUCUCUGUUUCAGGAGAUAAACGUUCACACACUGCAGGUUCACUUCUGAUUCUCCACCACACAAUCUCAAUGUUUUGAAAUUGUAUACUAAAAGAUAAUUAAGUAGUUUGGUCCAUCAUUUCUGUCAGUUGUAGUGACAUAAUACUCAAGUUAAAAUAAUGAAAGAAACACAAGCAGUAAAAGUUGAAAUGAUGGCCAGAACUAUAAAAUCGAAGCAACAACUUUCUGCAACUAGUUUUCAAUCAGUGUGCACAACAUGACGAGCCUUCAAAUUCAACCUCAGGACUUAUUUAUAACAGGAAAAGGCUGUGAUUGAAGUGAUUUUAUUCAUGCAAACACUGCUGGGAGGUGCAAAGUAAAAAACAAACAACGUAAAUCACAACUUGCUAGGUGAAGAGUCACAAGUCAUCAGCAUAGAUUAACUUUCGGCGUUAACACAUUAAACACAAUCUCGCUCGAUGGCGUCAGUUGUUUCCGGCUUCCGUCAGCUUUGAUCUGAAACUAAAGAUUUGUUAUACGAGUAAAGACUUCAUCUCUUUCUUUUUCUUUAUUUGAAAGGAACAUGUCUGUAGCUUUAACUGAAGCUGUGGCCUGUAAGUUUUGUAUCUUUAGAUGUAAACAUUAAAGCUGUUUGUCACAUGGUU